UUCCCUCCUCCCUAUUUUAAUGCUAGCUAAGAUGGUGGUUUGAGCGUCAACUUGUCUCUACAAUAUCAGGACCAGAAAGGGGGCAAAACAACCCUGUCGACUUUAUAAUCAAAACCGAACGAUAAACCUAAGAUCAACCUAAGUAUCUAAUCAUAGAAAACAUUGACAUUUCACACAUAUUGGCUCCAGGUCCCCGCCCAACUGAGUUUGACUCCCUUGAAGUGGAACCCUUAGCUACACACAGACAGGCCCUGUGCUGUGGUUCAACACCAACAUCGCCCAUCCUUGCCGUGCCAUAGAAUGUCCCACAGCCCCAAGAUGAAGGAUGACCCCAUGGAGUGUCCCCUGUGUAUGGAGCCGCUGGAGAUCGACGACGUCAACUUCUUCCCCUGCACCUGUGGCUACCAGAUCUGCCGCUUCUGCUGGCACCGCAUCCGCACCGACGAGAACGGCCUCUGUCCCGCCUGCAGAAAGCCGUACCCAGAGGACCCCGCCGUGUACAAGCCCCUCUCACAGGAGGAGAUCCAGAGGAUCAAGAACGAGAAGAAGCAGAAGCAGAGCGAGAAGAAGCAGAAGGUGACCGAGAACCGCAAGCAUCUGGCCAGCGUCCGAGUCGUCCAGAGAAACCUGGUGUUCGUGGUGGGCCUCUCCCAGCGCCUUGCCGACCCUGAGGUUCUUAAAAGGCCCGAGUACUUUGGGAAGUUUGGUAAAAUACACAAAGUGGUCAUCAACAACAGCACAUCUUAUGCGGGUUCACAGGGGCCUAGUGCCAGUGCUUACGUCACGUACAUCCGGUCUGAAGAUGCCUUAAGAGCAAUACAAUGCGUCAACAAUGUGGUUGUGGACGGUAGAACGCUGAAGGCCUCUUUAGGAACCACAAAAUACUGUAGUUACUUCCUUAAAAGUAUGCAGUGUCCCAAACCAGAUUGUAUGUAUUUACAUGAGUUGGGGGAUGAGGCAGCCAGCUUUACUAAAGAAGAGAUGCAGGCGGGAAAGCACCAGGAAUAUGAGCAGAAACUUCUUCAGGACCUCUAUAAAAUGAACCCUAGCUUUCUACAAUCCCCCAUAUGUGCAACAGAGAAGUCCAAAAGUAAAGCAAAUUCCACUCAAAGCAGAGCCAACAAUGGCAAUGGAAAGGAUGGCUGGCCAACACUGUCGGGGCAUAGCAAGCUAGCCAAUGGGCUUUCAGAAGACCGCAAGUCCCCGCCCCUUUUAGACUAUUUAGAUCAGGAGGUUCUUGCGGCAGAUGGGUUAGACACUACAGACGGGCCGGGCCACGGCAGCGCUAUCUCUCCCUUCUCCUCCAACUGCGACAGUAACAGUCCCAGUGAAAAGCCUCCAGAACCAAUGAGUAUAGUGAACGGAGAGACUUUACAACAGAUGGCGUGCAGCGACUCCCCGUCCCCCCCGCCAGGCCUGUCCAAGCCGGGCCUGGUGGUGCCCGUGAGCGUGGCGGACAUGGCCGCCCGCUCGCCCUUCGAGGGCGCGGCCGCCGAGUCCCAGUCGCUCUUCUCCGACAACAGCAACUUCCGCCACCCCAACCCCCUCCCGGCCGGCCUGCCCCCCUUCCCCAGCUCCCCCCGCAGCAGCGCCGACUGGCCCAUGACCCCCGAACCACAGAGCCUCUUUGCCUCAGAUACGAUACCCGUGUCCUCCUCCACGGACUGGCAGGCGGCCUUCGGCUUCGGCUCCUCCUCAAAGCAGCCGCAGGACGACGACCUGGGCUUCGACCCCUUCGACGUCACCCGCAAGGCCCUGGCCGACCUCAUCGAGAAGGAGCUGUCUGUUCAGGACCAGGGCCCCCUCUCCCCGGGGCCCCAGAGCCACGGCCUGCUGCCCCCGCACCUCAACAACCACCACCACCACCACCACCAACACCCCCCCCACCACCACCAACCCUCCCCCUCCGCCUCGGCCUCCCUCCACCACUUCCCCAUGGGCCCGCCGCGCCUCUCCCAGCUCCACCACAGAACCAUCUACAGCUCCUUCAGCUUCCCCGGGAGCCAGGGCAGCCCCGCCGGCCAGCCCCAGCCGUCCUCCAGGCACCCCUGGAUGGCGGGCCUCCCCGCCGCGCGCAAUAACCUCGCACACUUGAACCACUCGGCCAGCACUGCCUCACACAGUAACUUCCUCGACCUCAACCUGCCCCGUCAGCACAGCACAGGACUGGGAGGAAUCCCCAUCUCAGAGAACAGCAGCUCUAUAGACGGACUAAACGUCAAGGAGUGGCAGGACGGCCUGAGAGCACUCCUGCCCAACAUCAACAUCAACUUCGGGGGGCUGCCCAACUCCUCGUCCUCCUCGUCCUCCUCGUCCUCGUCCUCCUCCAACAGUGUUAACCACAUCGGUGGGCCGGCAGGGCCCGCGGGCAUCUCCCACAGCCUCAGCUGGGACGGCACGUCCAGCUGGAUGGACCCUGCCAUCAUCAAAGGUAUCCCUGCCUCGGCAGGGAACGGCUCCGACAGCCUCCCGGACGACAACCCCCCGCACUGGCUCAAGUCCCUGCAGGCGCUCACGGAGAUGGACGGGCCGCCCAGCUCGGCCUCCGCCCAGCCCCUCCGCAGCGGCCUUCUGGACGGCCUCAACCACCACCACCACAACCCCCACCACCCCCACCCCCUCCAACAACACCCCCACCCCCACCACCACCACCACCAGAACCACCUGCCCCUCCACCACAGAGCUGCCGGCGGCUGGGCCCCCUACCUGCCCUCUGCCACGGCCAGCCCAGGCAGCCAGUUCCACUCCCCACCCCCGGGCUUCCAGACGGCCUUCAGACCCGCGGGCCAGCCCAACACAGAGCUGCUACAGAGUGCCGCUGUGGACCGCCACUGAUCACAGACUACAGCAGAUUACCCCCCCCAAACCCAUCCACACACCACCAUAUACGUCCCCCCCCCCCUAACCCCAGCCUCCCCGCCCUCGUGACGCAAUACACACACACACACACACACACACACACACACACACACACACACACACACACACACACACACACACACACACACACACACACACACACACACAGACACAGAGAUGCACCGUAGUGCAUAUUACCGCAGUGAUUUAACAGAAAUAACAACAUGCUCUUUACUUUAAUUUCCUCAUUCCUCCUUGUUUUGUUUGUCCAGCCGUGAGGCCUGUCCGGGCUUCUUUGUUUGUUUUGGGGACGCGUGAGUUACUGAUAUGCUUGUGUCGGCUCCCGCCAGCUCUCUUUACACCCCCAGCUAGUGCUGGGGCGAGGGGGAGUGGGGGCGAGGUGGAAAACUACAGGUUAAUAUCGCUAACCGACUUGAAAGAGCACUAAUAGAAGUUGUAGCAGAGAGAGAGUGAGCGAAAGAGAGAGAGAAAGAGGGCGUGCACCAGCAGGCGGUGACGAGAGAGUGCACGUAAGAGUUGUCUGGUCAAUGAAGAAGCUGAACUAGGCUGCGACCGGAGCUCUAUGAGAGUAAGUAACGACUAAGCAUGAACAAAGAGUAAGUUUUUCCGAAAGUUUUAAAAAAAAGAGUCACGACGACGUGUGAGGAAUGAAGCAAGCUGUGAAAUCUUCUCUUGAAGCUUUGCCCCAAAGACCCUCGCACUGCCUACUGUAACGAGCGACUGUGAAACAUUUCACUGCACCCCCUCCCCCCCCAAACCACUGCCCCUUUGCAGACCUGAUCGUUAUGUUCAGGGCGCGAGUGAGGGAGAGAAAGACAACUAGUUUGCACUUAGCCUUCUCUUAAUUUUCAGCAUUUAUUCUUUAUUUUUUUAAAUGUUCAAAGCAAAGUAGGGGAGGGGCCGGCGAUGCUGCUGAGCGCAGCUCACAAAGUGAACGGGGAGUCAAGGGCCACAGGCUAUGCACAGGCUCCCUGUGUGGCAGGGACCCUCGUGCGAGGGUCCCCCGCCCCCCCUACUGCCUUCCCCGGUCGGAGGGAAGAGACGUGUUAUUGCUGAACCUCUGUAUCAGAGGGUGGAGCGUUGCCCGGCGCUGGGCAGAGCCAGGGCAUCGGAGGAGAGCGUAGAGAUAACGACUGACACCCCGAACACUAGGGCCGGACUAGAGCGCCGGCGGGUGCCACUGUGUGGGGCCCGCCGUACCGAGUCACCGGCCCUUACUACUAGGGAACGGUCACCAGAAGAUACAGGAGGGAGGACUAGACGGAUGAGAAUGUGACGGAUGUACUAGAGACGAUACUAAGGAGGAUAGCAAUAGAGUGAACAUGUAAAUCCCCUCCCUGCCUCCCAUCGUCCCUUUCUUUUGUCCCACCCACAAGUGCUUACACGAGGCCUUACAAAGAACAGAUGAGAGAAAUGUGCUCGUGGGACUGGAAGCUUUGUUUAUAUAUCUAUGUGUAAAUAGAUAUAUGAUGAGCUCCAUGAUUGUGAAAAAAAAUUGAUAUUAUGCACUUAUUGAGGUUGGAAAAUGUGGAAUAAUGUGUGUAACUUUGGUAAAUGUAUGCGACCCAAAGCAAGGUGCUUUACGACAUAAAGUACUGUAGUAGUAUCCCAAGGAGCUCUCGGGCGUGGAGAAACUAACCUCCAACGGGGUAUUAUUUUACUUUCAAAGUCUUAACUGUUCCCCAUAUUUUCUCUUGUCUCUCUCUCUCUCUUACCUGCUGCUCCCCCAGUCUGUUCCCUGUCCUGUCUCCCAUCUAAACAGUAUUCACAAGAUCCACAACCCCAUCCAGGAGAGAACCAACAAACAGUCAUGCUAUGGGAUUUAAGAUAAUGUUGAGGAAAAAUCAAUUUAAGGUAUAUGAAAUUCAAGUGUCCACUGCAGGUCUGGUUAAAGAAAACAAACCUUAAAUAAAUGAGAAAAAAAGCA